AUGUCUAACCCGUCUGAGAAAAUGGAAGUGGAGUUCAAGUCCGACUGCGGUCGCAUCUUGCGGACGGAGGCUUUGAACAUAAUCGACAUGAUCACUAUCACCGUCGGCACUGGAGCCGAAGCCGUCAAGUUCCCAGUUCACGAAGCAGUCGCCCGCAAGAGCUCGGCCUUCCUUGACAACGCUAUGAAGCCCGAAUGGGCCUCCCCGAAAGCCGAUCCGCGCGACAUUCAGCUGGUCGAUGAAGAUCCUGAGCUAUUCAAGGUGUACCUUCAUUGGCUGUACUUCAAGAACAUGCCCACUGUGUACGCCGGAAGUAAAGGCAAGAACUAUAACCACGAGUACGUUUUGCUCUGCAGGUGUUACAUCAUGGGCGAAAAGCUUAUGGACGUCGGCUUCAAGAAUGCAAUGUUGGAUGCUUUGGUGGGUGCGAUGGAAAAUACACCGCGCCUUGUGCCAGGUCUGACAGCGAUCAACAUCAUAUACGCCGGUACUUUGGGCGGUUCUCCUGCGAGAAGGUUCUUGGUCGACAUAUGGGUUAAAAUGGCAGACGAAAGCUGGUUAGAUUACUUGACUGCUGCUUUGCCUCAUGCCUUUGUUUUAGAGUUUUCGAGAGUUCUUCUCCAGAGUAGGUGCAAGGGCAAGGAAGAUACGAGGGCCUGGAUGGAAAGGGUAAAGGAAUACCAUGAAGCUUAG